CCCCCUUCUCUCUCAGACACACACAGAUUGUGACGUUUGGUUAUGCAAUGUCUGACCCACUAACACACAUUCUCAGAGAGAGAGAGCGGAGAGAGAGAAAGAGAGAGAAGAGCGGUGCCAGGAAAGUAGAGCACAGAGAAAAGGAGGAGGAGAUAGAGAAAAAGGCUGAGAGAAAACAACAGAGAAAUAGGAGGAGGAGGGCGAAAAUCAGAGUGUUACUGGAACAGAGAAAUAGAGACAAAGAAAGGAUAGGAAAUAGAGGUGAACUGUGUGAGGACAGGGCACUGGAUACAUCUGGCAGGUAAAUGUACCAGGGAUUGGUAGUAUAGUAGCUGUGUGUAUGUACAGUGCAUGCCACCUGUGUGGAAGCAAGGAUGUGCAUGUGUGGCUACAAUUUGUAUGCUCACAAUUCACAUCCACAUACAUCAGGGUAUCUGUACGUGUGCAUGCUGUGUCUGUGUGUGGUUGGUAUGUUCGUUUUUUUUUUGUGUGUGUGUGUGUAUCUAUAUCCAUUUAUCUAUCUACGCACCCAUUUACAUUUGUAAGCGUACAAAUAAAUGUUUUAUAAUUGUGUGUAUAUGUGUAUCUAUCUUGUAUUAAAUAUUAUUCCAUUACCAUUAAAUUAUAUUUACCAUUAAAUUAUAUUUACCUAAAACACACAUUUCUGAAUUGACACGCGUGUACACAUAUAUGAGUGCAGCAUAUACAGUGUUUACCUGUAUGCAUGUACUCCCAGUUGCGUGCAUUGUAUGUGUAAAUUGAGGUGAAUGGUGUGUACAUCUUUGUUAUGCUUGUUUAUAUUACAUGCCUAUUAUGUAAGAAUGCAUGGUGAUUAUAACAAUGUAAUGUAUCUUUAAUGUAUAAUUAUAAUGAGAGAUCAGCAAUUAGCACAUACAGGCUUGGGUUCAUUUUAGUUUAUGGGUACAAUGAAAUCUGGAGAGAACAAAUAUUGGUGUAAAAUAAUUUGGGGAGAAUUACAGGCUUUUAGAAAGGGGACUCCUGUUUCAAGAGAUUACACUCUAAUAUUUUUUAUUUAUGGCAUUGGAGUAAUACAGGGCACAGGAGACAUUUCUUCCAAGCUUACCAUCAUCAUUUUAGGAAGCAGGACAGGCAGAGGAUGGGACAUUGGAAGGGAAUAGUUUUGUUCUGCAGAGUAUUGAAUGCAGGAGGAUUCAGCAUGUAGCUCUCUAGCUGUUGUUGAACUAUAACUCCCAUGACUCUCCAGCAGCCUUUUCCAGGCAGCCAGGAAUCAAACAAUAGGUGUCUGAUGAUUAUGGGUAAUUAUCCAACCAGCACAACUUGUGUAAUAUAGAAAUUGGGGUAUAUUUACUAAACUGUGUGUUGUGAAGAAUUUACAUAAGAAUAGCCAUUUUUUUGCCAAAAUGGAGAAGUAACUGAAUUUUAGUUUAUUUAAUCCAUCUAGUUUGACCAAAAUGUCCAAUCCUCUUAUCAUGUACCCACAAUUUACAGAUUAAGGAAUGAACCCCUGUAGAGUACACAGAAUUCUAUAUAGCAGAGCUUACAGUCUAACAUACAGAGCAUUACACUCAAAUAUAGAGUUAGUACUCUAAGAUAUAGUACAUAAAAUCUCCUAUACAGGCACUGCAUUCAAAUACACAGAUCUUAUCUUGUGUUGUAAUAUACAGAGCUUUACACUCAAAUAUAGAGUUAGUAUUCUAAUAUAUAGUACAUAAGUUUCCAUGCCAGUAUGCAGCGCUUACAAGACAGUAUAUUUUCAAGUGUACAGAGCUUACACUCUAAAUAUAAUAACCAAACUCAGUUUACUUAAAAAAAAUAAUGAAUGGGAAACAUGUAUUGUAGCGCUUCUAUUCUAGAAUAUAUAAAUAUCUGAGAGAAGGGAAUCUUGUUCUGUGGAGAUCAACUCGUAAUAUUCGAAGAACUCAGCAGUGAACUCUAUGCAGUAUUGUUGAGUCACUGUAUUUUAGAAUGUAAGCUCCACAGGACACAAUUCCUUUCUCCCACUUGUAUACAUUAUACACCAUAAUCUAGAAUGUAUAAGUAGGUAGCUGAAGAUCUUACACUGUAAAAUAUAGAUAAUUCAACAGCACUGUGAUUGUUGCGGAGUCCAUAUAACCUUUAUAGAGAAAGAACUCUACAACGCAAGAUUCUCUUUGUCAAACACUUAGAUGUUCCAAAAUAUAAGUUCUUCAUGGCUUUAUUACAUACGCUUCCUGGCCUGCCAAAGGACAACGGGAGAUAUUUUCCUGGGGCAGCAACUGCUUUUUAGAGCUGCCGCCAUUAAUUGGCCCUUUUUCCCUUUCGGAUGUUAUCCAUAUGCUAGUAGAUGAGCUAGGGAGAUAAAACAAUGAGAUACAGUGUCUCCAGCUCAUCACCCUGCACGUCACACAUGCGGCAUGGCAUAGUAAGAGUUGCCUUCUGGGUCAUUGCAUAGUUUGCAAAGAUCCCUGAUGGUGACAUCGCCGCCUGGUGUGGGUGUCCCAAAGGUGAGUUAUACGUAUCUGGUGCUGCUCUCCGCAGAUGCUGCCAUGUUCAAUCUCCAGCCUCUGGAGCUUUAUUCUCCAAGACCCCAUGUCAGUGCCGUACCCUCGUGCAUGUGUGAGAAAACACAACACUGAUGUCUAUGGAGGUUCUAGAGAGACCGCAGGAUCCUCCAGAGAUAUUGUCUAGAGAUAAGCAAGACAAUGCCAAAUUCCCACAGAUAUCGCUAUCGAUGGCUGUGGGAAGUGACAAAACCUGACCACGGUAGCUCCAACCUAGUCAGGUUUUUUCAACUCGAGGAUUUACCAUAAGACAAAGAAGUCUCUACCUAUAAUAUAUUCUGACUGUUUUGAAAUGUCAAUUAAAUUCCAGCACAGUCCAUAUGGGAAUUUCAAAAAGAUUUUAUUUUUAUGUAUUACUCCACAAUUUUUGGGGAGUGACAGAGUCCCCUUAAGAACAGAAAAUGAAACAUAAAAAAUACAUAAUGCAGAACUGUGUUCAUUGAAAAGCUUAUUAAACCUCUGUGUGACAUUGUUUUCCCAUAAUAUUCAUUUCAGUAUUAUGCAUCCUGUCUAUUUCUGACUUUGUUCUGUGUAUACAUGCAAAGAAAUUCCUGCUUGCUGGCCUAUUAAAUGGGACACACACAAGGUUAGAGGGCAGAGAUUGUCAGGAACCUGAACAAUUUGUAUAAUUUGAGACUCUUUUAAGUGAGUUUCCCAAUACUUCAGCACAAACUUCCUUAAACUAUGACUUACACCAAAAAUUAUUCACGUGUCUAUACAAGUACACGUGCACUCAGAUUCCGUAUAUCAUUUCUCCCCCAUCCAUUGUUAUCAUCCGCCCUGUUUCUUCAGUGUUUAAUGUUUCAGCUAUUACUAAACAUAAAAUGUCACUGUUUCUGUAUAUUAGGUGUAAUUCUAAAAAGUUUUUAAAAUAAUUAGGAAGAGACAAAAGUAUAAACACAAGAUCCACACUUUGGGCCCAAAUCCCUCUGUUCCUCUUUUAUAUCCUAAUAUUGUUGGUGUGUCUGAGUGUAUAACAGAGCUACACAGCAAUAAUAUCCCCAGUAAUGUGUCUUUAAAUUACAGUAAAUGUGUUUACAAACCACUCUGUGAAAAUAGGAUACUUUGUUCUUGUUCUAAAUUAUAUUUUAGUUGUAUAAAUUAUCAGUAAACACCUAAAAUUUCUAAGAGCAACCUUGCCUGUGGCAGGGCCGGUGUGUCCAUAAGGCGGCACAGGCGGCCGCCUUAGGGCGCACGGGCUCUGGGGGCGCAAUAUUUCAGUGACCGGCAGGAGGGAAGCUCUCCCUCCUGCCAGGCCACCAUCUCGGCGUGGCAGUGCUGUGAUCAGGCGCGGCGAGGGAGCUCUAAUCUGCACCCUCUGCUCCCUCGCACGCUGUCUGCUGAUGCCGCGGGAGCCGGAAUAUGACGUCAUCAGUAGGCAGCCCGCGGCGUCAGUAGGCAGCCCACAAGGGAGCAGAGGGUGGAGAUUAGAGCUCCCUCGCCGCGCCUGAUCACAGCACUGCUGCACGCCUCCCAGCAGCCCCAGGGACCGAUCCAUCAUCCACACCAGCUCUCCAGGUAGGGAGGCUGGGUGGAAAAUGUGUAUUUAUAAAAUAAUUAGUGAAUGUAUGUGAUGUGUGUCUGUGAGUGACAGAGUGUGUGUGUCUGUGAGUGACAGUGUGUGUGUCUGUGAGUGACAGAGUGUGUGUGUCUGUGAGUGACAGUGUGUGUGUGUCUGUGAGUGACAGAGUGUGUGUGUGUGUCUGUGAGUGACAGUGUGUGUGUGUCUGUGAGUGACAGAGUGUGUGUGUCUGUGGUGACAGUGUGUGUGUGUCUGUGAGUGACAGUGUGUGUCUGUGUGACAGUGUGUGUGUGUCUGUGGUGACAGAGUGUGUGUGUCUGUGGUGACAGUGUGUGUGUGUCUGUGGUGACAGUGUGUGUGUGUGUCUGUGGCGACAGUGUGUGUGUGUCUGUGGUGACAGAGUGUGUGUGUCUGUGGUGACAGUGUGUGUGUGUGUGUGUGUCUGUGGUGACAGGUGUGUGUGUGUGUGUCUGUGGUGACAGAGUGUGUGUGUGUCUGUGGUGACAGUGUGUGUGUGUCUGUGACAGAGUGUGUGUGUCUGUGGCGACAGUGUGUGUGUGUCUGUGAGUGACAGAGUGUGUGUGUCUGUGAGCGACAGUGUGUGUGUCUGUGAGUGACAGUGUGUGUGUGUCUGUGAGUGACAGAGUGUGUGUGUCUGUGAGCGACAGAGUGUGUGAGUGACAGUGCGUGUGAGUGACAAUGUGUGUGUGUCUGUGAGUGACAGUGUGUGUGAGUGACAAAGUGUGUGUGUCUGUGAGUGACAGUGUGUGUGAGUGACAAAGUGUGUGCGUCUGUGAGUGACAGUGUGUGUGAGUGACAAAGUGUGUACUUCUGUGAGUGACAGUGUGUGUAAGUGACAAAGUGUGUGUUAGUGACAAAGUGUGUGUGUCUGUGAGUGACAGUGUGUGUGAGUGACAGUGUGUGUGUGUGAGUGACAGUGUGUGUGUGUCUGUGAGUGAUUGUAUGAGUGUGUGUGCAUGUGAGUGUAUGAGUGUGUCUGUCAGUGUAUGAUGAGUGUGUUUGUCAGUGUAUGAGUGUGUGUCUGUCAAAUCAGUGAGAGUAUGUUUGUCAUUGAGUCUGUGUGUGACUAUCAGUGUGUCUGUCAAUGAGUGUCAAUCAGUGUGGGUCUGUCAGUGUCAAUGAAUGAGUGUGUGUCAGACCAAUGAGUCUGUGUCUGUCAGUGACGUCUGUGUGUUUGUCAUUGAGUGUGUGACUGUCAGUGUGUACAGAGUGUAGCGGAGCAGAGCGCGGUACAGGAACUUCUGUUUCCUGUACCUGGCCAGACUGACAGGAGGUGCUCACAGAGAGAGCACUCCCUGUCAGUCCGGGCGGGUACAGAAAACUGAAGCUCCUUUAGGGGAUCUGCUCCACUCGGCAAUGCAACAAUAGAGGUAGGAGGCACACCAGGAAGGGGAGUGUGACCACUAACGGGGUGUGGGGUGCACCAAGGGACAGGGAGGGAAUGGGAGAGAAACACCAAGAGACAGGGAAAAGAGGGGGGAGGGGAGAAGAACACUAAGGGACAGGGAAGGGAAUGUACUACUAAUGGUCAGGGAGGGGAGAGGGGCUGGUUAAAAGGCACAUAGGUGAAGAUAGUUUUUGGGGAAUGCAUCUUCACCUAUGUACCUAAAAAUCCAAGCACCGGUCCUGGCCUGUGGCCACACCUUCACCACACACCUAAAAUUCAAGUGCCCCUCUUUGUCCAUUUGAAAUGUUGGGUGGUGUAGGAAAGCUGAAAUAUGUGUGCAGAUAUUGGUCAAUGCAGUCUGGCAGUGAGUGGGUGCAGUAGAUGCAGUUUGGCAGUGAAUGGGUGCCUGGAUUCUGCCUGGCAGUGAGUGGGUGCAGUCUGGUAGUGAAUUGAUGUAGUAGGUACAGUCUGGCUGUGACCAGGUACAGUCUGACAGUGAAUGGAUGUGUGGGUACAGUCUGGCAGUGAAUGGGUAAAGCCUGGCAGUGAAUGGGUGUGUGGCUGGAGCCUGGCAGGGGUAAUGGGUGUGUGGGUGCAGCCUGGCAGUGGAUGGGUACAGCCUGACAGUGAAUGGGUGCAGCCUGGCAGUGGGUGGGUGCAGUCUGGUAGUGGAUUGGCACAGCCUGGCAGUGAAUGGGUGCAGUCUGGCAUUGGAUGGGUGCAGUCUAGCAGUGGAUGGGUGCAGUUUGGCAGUGAAUUGGUGCAGUCUGGCAGUGAAUGGGCACAGUCUGGCAGUGAAUGGGUGUGUGGAUGCAGCCUGGCAGUGAAUGGGGUGUGUGUGUGCAGUCUGGCAGUUAAUGGGUACAGCCUGCCAGCGGAUGGGUGUGUGGGUGCAGCCUGGCAGUGAAUGUGUGUUUUGGUGCAGCCUGGCAGUGAAUGGAUGCAGUCAGGCAGUGAAUGGGUGUGUGGGUGCAGCCUGGCAGUAAAUGGGUGUGUGGGUGCAGCCUGCCAGUGGAUGGGUGUGUGGGUGCAGCCUGGCAGUUAAUGGGUGUGUUGGUGCAGCCUGGCAGUGAAUGGGUGUGUGGGUGCAGCCUGGCAGUUAAUGGGUGCAGUCUAGCAGUGAAUGGGUGUGUGGGUGCAGCCUGGCAGUGAAUGGGUGCAGUCUAGCAGUGAAUGGGUGUGUGGGUGCAGCCUGGCAGUGAAUGGGUGUGUGGGUGCAGCCUGGCAUUGAAUGGGUGCAGCCUGGCAUUGAAUGGGUGCAGUCUGGCAGUUAAUGGGUGUGUGGGUGCAGCCUGGCGGUGCAGCCUGGCAGUGAAUAUGGGGUGUGGGUGCAGCCUGGCAGUUAAUGGGUGCAGCCUGGCAGUGAAUGGGUGUGUGGGUGCAGCCUGGCAGUUAAUGGGUGCAGCCUGGCAGUGAAUGGGUGUCUGGGUGCAGCCUGGCAGUGAAUGGGUGUGUGGGUGCAGCCUGGCAGUGAAUGGGUGUGUGGAUGCAGCCUGGCACUGAAUGGGUGCAGCCUGGCAGUGAAUGGGUGUGUGGGUGCAGCCUGGCAUUGAAUGGGUGCAGCCUGGCAGUGAAUGGGUGUGUGGCUGCAGAUGUUCCCUGGAUACAUUGAUACAUUGAUACAUUGUUACAGGGCACUGGGUCUCUGGCGGGAUGCCCUCAGGUCUGUUUACCGAACACUGACCUACUUUCCUUGCCUCGCGCUGGCUCGUCACAUGGCAGGGAGAUCAGGCACGUGGACUGGGGAAAGAGGGCGGGAGGAGGAAGAAGGGUGUGAAUACAUACAGACACACUGACACACAUACUGCUCUGCACACACUGACACACAUACUGCUCUGCACACACACAUACUGCUCUGCACACACUGACACACAUACUGCUCUGCACACACACAUACUGCUCUGCACACACUGACACACAUACUGCUCUGCACACACAUACUGCUCUGCAUACACUGACAUACUGCUCUGCACACACUGACACACAUACUGCUCUGCACCCACACACUGCUCUGCACACACUGACACACAUACUGCUCUGCACCCACACAUACUGCUCUGCACACACUGACACAUACUGCUCUGCACACACACAUACUGCUCUGCACCCACUGACACACAUACUGCUCUGCACCCACACAUACUGCUCUGCACCCACACAUACUGCUCUGCACACACUGACACAUACUGCUCUGCAUAUACUGACACAUACUGCUCUGCACACACUGACACAUACUGCUCUGCAUACACUGACACACAUUGCUCUGCGCACACACACACAUACUGCUCUUCACACACUGACCCAUUGCUCUGCACACACUGACACAAAGCUGUGCACACACUGAUACACAUUCUGCUCUGCAAACACAGACACACAUACUGCUCUGCACACAGACUGUGCUGUACAAACACACAUUCUGCUCUGCACACACUGACACACAUACUGCUCUGCACACACUGACACAUACUGCUCUGCACACACUGACACAUACUGCUCUGCAUACACUGACACACACUGCUCUGCGCACACACACACAUACUGCUCUUCACACACUGACACAAUUCUCUGCACACACUGACACACAUACUGCUCUGCACACACACAUACUGCUCUGCAUACACUGACACACACUUCUCUGCGCACACACACACACAUACUGCUCUUCACACACUGACACACAUUCUGCUCUGCAAAUACGGACACACACUGCUCUGCACACAGACUGUGCUGUACAAACUGAUACACAUUCUGCUCUGCACACACUGACAAUUCUCUGCACACACUGACACACAUACUGCUCUGCACACACUGAUACAUAUAUUUAUCUGCACACACGACACACAUACUGCUCUGCACACACGACACACAUUGCGCUGAACACAUUGACACACACAUUGCUUUGCACACAGACUGAUCUGCAAACACUGACACACAUACUGCUCUGCAAACAACCACACUCAUACUGCUCUGCAAUUAGAGAGUGCAAAUGACUGCUCUGCACAUACUGCUCUGCAAACAGGGGACCUGGAGACUGCCAUACACCAGAGAGUGAUAAUCAGGCAGGGGGCUUUUCAGACAAGGACAUGCCUGCUAGGUGUAUGUCUGGGGAAUGAGUGACCCUCAUUAUGUGAGGAGCCACACUCACAUACUGGUACACAUUAUACAUGCUAAAUGAGUGCAGCCACUCACAUACUGGUACACAUUAUACACACUAAAUGAGUGCAGCCACACUGGCAUACUGGUACACAUUAUACAAGCUAAAUGAGUGCAGCCACUCACAUACUGGUACACAUUAUACACGCUAAAUGAGUGCAGCCACUCACAUACUGGUACACAUUAUACACGCUAAAUGAGUGCAGCCACUCACAUACUGGUACACAUUAUACAUGCUAAAUGAGUGCAACCACACUGGCAUACUGGUACACAUUAUACACGCUAAAUGAGUGCAGCCACACUCACAUACUGGUACACAUUAUACACGCUAAAUGAGUGCAGCCACUCACAUACUGGUACACAUUAUACAAGCUAAAUGAGAGCAGCCAAACGCACAUACUGGUACACAUUAUACACGCUAAAUGAGUGCAGCCACACUCACAUACUGGUACACAUUAUACAUGCUAAAUGAGUGCAGCCACUCACAUACUGGUACACAUUAUACACACUAAAUGAGUGCAGCCACACUGGCAUACUGGUACACAUUAUACAAGCUAAAUGAGUGCAGCCACUCACAUACUGGUACACAUUAUACACGCUAAAUGAGUGCAGCCACUCACAUACUGGUACACAUUAUACACGCUAAAUGAGUGCAGUCACUCACAUACUGGUACACAUUAUACAUGCUAAAUGAGUGCAACCACACUGGCAUACUGGUACACAUUAUACACGCUAAAUGAGUGCAGCCACACUCACAUACUGGUACACAUUAUACACGCUAAAUGAGUGCAGCCACUCACAUACUGGUACACAUUAUACAAGCUAAAUGAGAGCAGCCAAACGCACAUACUGGUACACAUUAUACACGCUAAAUGAGUGCAGCCACACUCACAUACUGGUACACAUUAUACACGCUAAAUGAGUGCAGCCCACUCACAUACUGGUACACAUUAUACACGCUAAAUGAGUGCAGCCAAACUCACAUACUGGUACACAUUAUACACGCUAAAUGAGUGCAGCCACUCACAUACUGGUACACAUUAUACACGCUAAAUGAGUGCAGCCACACUCACAUACUGGUACACAUUAUACACGCUAAAUGAGUGCAGCCACACUCACAUACAGGUACACAUUAUACACGCUAAAUGAGUGCAGCCAAACUCACAUACUGGUACACAUUAUACACGCUAAAAGAGUGCAGCCAAACUCACAUACUGGUACACAUUAUACACGCUAAAUGAGUGCAGCCAAACUCACAAACUGGUACACAUUAUACACGCUAAAUGAGUGCAGCCACUCACAUACUGGUACACAUUAUACACGCUAAAUGAGUGCAGCCACUCACAUACUGGUACACAUUAUACACGCUAAAUGAGUGCAGCCACUCACAUACUGGUACACAUUAUACACGCUAAAUGAGUGCAGCCACUCACAUACUGGUACACAUUAUACACGCUAAAUGAGUGCAGCCACACUCACAUACUGGUACACAUUAUACACGCUAAAUGAGUGCAGCCACUCACAUACUGGUACACAUUAUACACGCUAAAUGAGUGCAGCCAAACUCACAUACUGGUACACAUUAUACACGCUAAAUGAGUGCAGCCACACUCACAUACUGGUACACAUUAUACACGCUAAAUGAGUGCAGCCACACUCACAUACUGGUACACAUUAUACACGCUAAAUGAGUGCAGCCACACUCACAUACAGGUACACAUUAUACACGCUAAAUGAGUGCAGCCAAACUCACAUACUGGUACACAUUAUACACGCUAAAUGAGUGCAGCCAAACUCACAUACUGGUACACAUUAUACACGCUAAAUGAGUGCAGCCAAACUCACAAACUGGUACACAUUAUACACGCUAAAUGAGUGCAGCCACUCACAUACUGGUACACAUUAUACACGCUAAAUGAGUGCAGCCACUCACAUACUGGUACACAUUAUACACGCUAAAUGAGUGCAGCCACACUCACAUACUGGUACACAUUAUACACACUAAAUGAGUGCAGCCACACUCACAUACUGGUACACAUUAUUUGUGUGUAUGUGAUUGACACAAAUUUCUCAUAAUCCCCACCAGUGAGGGCUAUGGUUUAUAAACAUUAGAAGAAUAUAUGUUGCUUCAAUCUGUGAUAUAUAUAUAUAUAUAACACCACAUACGUAAUCACCAGCUAGCUGUGUAUGUAAUAACAGCCUGUUACAAAAUAAAGUACUCGAUGUUAUUGACAUUGUAAGUAAACCAGGUCAAAUGCGAGAUGUUCUGUGCCACGCUCCUCCCCUCUCAGGGUCAGAUUAUGUAAGAUGUUUUAAGGUGUGUUAUCACAACUGCACUUUUCCAAUAGUUUUUUUUGUGUGUGUUUCUUUAGGCGUGUCUAGGAAAGCAAAAAUAACCUGCCGGUGUGUUAACGAGGCAAUCCGAGUCUGACUGUGGAUGGAGGAGAACGUUAACCUCUUUACAGCAAGUUACUCGACUGACGAGUGGUCUACAAAUAAAAGAGAGCAGGACUGUUUGGAAUUACGAAGAAACACAACAGGCGAAUAAACAAGAAUAUACACAAUAAAGACAUAUUCUUUAUUUUCAGCCAUCCGUUUUCUAAGGAAGGUCCUGGAAAAUGCUAACAAGCCAAAAACUGAAUCACACCUCUACAAACCAAAUAAAGAGACUGCAUUGUACCUGAACAUUCUCGAGUCUAACAGAAUUUUUUUUUAGUACAACCACCUUGAUUUUCUGCAAACAGCAGUCUUAAAGUGAAAAGAAACAAAUCAGGACAUCAUGGAUUCGUCAGAUGACAGCUAUCCACAGAGCAGUGAAGAGCAACGGGCGAGAAACAGAGCCAAUGGAGCUCAAGGAGGAGGUGGACGUCGUAAACGAGAGUUCAUAUCGGAUGAGAAAAAGGAUGCCAGCUACUGGGAAAAGCGCAGAAAAAACAAUGAAGCAGCCAAGAGGUCUCGAGAGAAGAGACGUUUUCAUGACCUAGUUCUGGAAGGGAGAGUUGCAGCACUGGAUGAGGAGAACGGGCGACUUCGAAGUGAAUUAUUGCAGCUCAAGUUGCGCUAUGGCCUCAUCUCAGCAGCCUCCUUCCUAGAGUCUGGGCAAGGCAUAGGAACACGUAAAUCUGUGGACUCAGAAAGUAUGCUUUGUGGUAGUGGUGGAAACCGAUCUUAUACCUCAUCCUACUUGGGGAUGAACUCUGAUUCCUCAGAAGCAGACAGUGGAGGGGGUGCAGCAAUGGACGAGUACUCCCCACGAGGUUCAAUCUCUGAUCUCUCAGAUCAGUCCCCCAUAGACAGUCCUGGACCCAGCACUUAUGGAAAAGGAAGGGCAUUUGACAAUGAUCUUGCUCACCUGUGCCCGUCUGAAAACAAUGAAACUAUGAGACUGGCAGCACCGCGUAGUGGAGUUAUAUUGUACAGGGUUGGGGGGCUUACCUUGGACCCUCAAGAAACACAUACCCAAGAUGUCAAACUAGCAUCUGUUUCGGCAUUCAACACUCAAGAGAAUGAGUGCCAUGUACCCCCACUCCGCUCCUCCAUUUUUGUUCACACAGACAAUUCUCAGCCACCUUUCCAGCAUCUGGUGAAGGCAACAGAAGCUGAUAUAAGAGGUGUUCUCGUAUCUCCAAAAUCUCCACACUCAGGGUACCAAAGUGAGGACAGUUGCGGCGAGGAGGGGGGUAACAUUUGCUGCCCUUCUGAAUGCCGACCCCAUCAAGAUGCAGCACUUGGUGUCAAGUUGCCACACAAAUUAAGACUGAAGUGUCGGGCUCAUGGACAUGAUGUGUGGGGGCCUGGAAGAGGACACGGGGUUGAGGGACAGAACUUUUUGGCAGGAAAUGCAUGAUGAUGCAGUAUAAGGACAAAAGACAGUGAGCCAUCUGCUAUCCUAUACCUAUCUGUGCCACACUUGUGACUGUUGCAUUGGCUGGUUGCUAAAGAUUUAAACCAUCACUGUGACACUAUUGAGUGCCAGGGGUUUUCAUAGGGUGAAUUGGGGCUAAUGAGAGAUGGAGGGUGAACAGAACGUUAUUGUAAAUAUUUAAUGUUAUUAGUACAAUAAAAUGAAAUAAUAAUAUCCACUGUUUAGUUAUUGUGUGUUAUCUCG